CAAAGGGAUCCUUAGAAUAGGUGGGCGAGGGUCUGACCCAUCCUGCCAUUUUUUCUUCUUCUUCUGCCGUCCCCAUAGAUGGUUCUUUGGGCAAAUCUCCCGUUCUGAAGCAGUGCUUCGGCUGAUGUCCGAAGAGAAUAAAUCCGGGGCCUUCCUGAUCCGUAUCAGUGAGAAAAGUGGGGCAGACUAUGUGCUUUCUGUCCGUGAUGGCUCCCUGGCCAGGCACUACAAGAUCUUGCAGAACGGCGAGGGCGGUUUCUACAUGAAUGGGACAAGGUCUUUCCCGGACCUGCUGGCCCUGGUUGCCUGCUAUAAGGAGAAGGUUCUCACGCGCAGCUUGAGGCUUUUGGCUCCCUGCUACAAGCCGCAGCCAAACACCAUGCCCCACUGGGACGACUGGGAGAGGCCGAAAGAAGAGUUUCGGCUGAUCCAGAAGCUGGGUGCGGGCUACUUUGGAGAAGUCUACGAGGGGCUCUGGAAGGACAAAGUGAAGGUCGCUGUCAAGGUGUUGUCGAAAGCUGACCUGACGUGCCAGGACACCCUCAAAAACGAAAUCGAGGCCCUGAAGCUGUUGAAGCACAAGAACAUCCUCUUCCUCUACGCCAUCUGCUCCCUGGGGGAUCCCAUCUACAUCAUCACGGAGAUCAUGAGCAAAGGCAAUUUGCUGGCGUUCCUGAGAGGUUCUGAAGGGAGACAGAUGGAAGUGGUGGAGCUGGUCAGCUUGGCUUCCCAAGUGGCCGAGGGGAUGAGCUACCUCGAAUCCCAAAAUUUCAUCCAUCGAGAUCUUGCUGCCAGGAACAUCCUGGUGGGAGAAAACAACAUCUGCAAAGUGGGAGAUUUUGGAAUGGCCAGGCUGAUCAAGGAUGAUAUUUACCACUCUUACUCACACAAAAUUCCUUACAAAUGGACAGCCCCAGAAGCCAUCUCCCACAGCUGCUUCUCCAUCAAGUCUGACGUGUGGUCCUUCGGCAUCCUCCUGUAUGAAAUCAUGACUCGGGGCCAGAACCCGUAUCCAGGCAUGAGCAACUGGGAGGUGCUCACCCACGUUCAAAAUGGUUUUCGGAUGCCCUGCCCGCCCAAGUGCCCCCCCACCAUGUACGCCAUCAUGGGCAAAUGCUGGCAACUCGAUCCCAGCCAGAGGCCGAACUUCACGAACAUCAGAGAACUCCUCCAGAAUUUCACCAGCUACGAGAACUUCGAAGCCCUCUCUUAAAAUCGCCUUAAACGCUUGGGGAGAAGUUGAACCUUCCCGCCUACUGACAUUCACCUACGUAUAAGGGGCAGAGGGGCAGAUCGGGGCUACUGAAAAAUGAUACCACCCUCAGCCCUGUUGGGAAGGAAGGAGAAGGAUCCAGGUUUAACCAGAGGGUAAAAUAGGGAGUUUGGAAGAUCCAAUGGGGCGUGACUCAGGUUUGUGGUCUUGGAUUGCACUUUGCAACACAACAUCUGCACCCGCAACCUCCACGAAUCUCUCUGUGGAUAGAGAGGCCAUUAAUUGCAAGACAAAAAUCUGUGUCGGAUGUUUGCUGUAUGGACUGGACCAGAAAUAGUGAAGCAGGAACCACGAUGGGUCCAUGUAUUUCCUGAAGUAACUGUCGGUGCCUCUGGGAUCUGCAAUCUUUGUGAUCAAUCUUGAACAUUUCCAAUGUGCCUCAGAGACUGGAGGGCUUGUCCAUCCCACACGCAUUACACUAGAGUUUGUGGUUCCACCAGUUGUGGGAAUCCAGCCACUGUCUUACCGUGUUGGGUGGACGAAGCCUGUGAAGCCAUCCAAUGGUUUAUUUAUUUUGGCAGAGCUUGUGACAAGAUUGCAGGACGUGUUGCUUGUUAAUCUGGGUUUAAGGUGAAGAAGGGUGUGUGAAUCUGACCCUGGAAAGGGUCUUUCUGAAGGUUAAGCCCUCCAGACGUGUUGGAUUCUGUUCCCGUCUUCCUGUUGGCGGAAGAGUUAUAGGUAAAGAUAUUUGGAGGAAGUAAAAUGAAUGCUGAUGAAUUUGGUGCUGAGAGCAUUUUGUCAGAGAAACAGAAAUAUGUACCAC